GUACCAAGCUUUCUCCCACGUCCCAGAGUUAUCAGUCACUUAACUCUUGCUUUAUUUUGAAAAAUUGGAGGCGCCAACGUCAUUUCCACGCUCAUUCGCUGAAUUUGGUGAGCCCGCAGCUCGAAUCCAGCCCAGGGGUGCAUGGGGGGAAUAUGGCCGCCAUAUACGUACCGGAGUCUCCGGAACGACACAACUCCCUGGCGGAGGAAACCCAAACGUCAGGGGGCAAGACUGACGCGGCGGAACUGGAAAGCACCUCCGACAAUACGGAAGAAAAUACGAUUAUUGAACCCCGGGCGCGUCAUAGUAACGAGCACAGGGGUAACAACAACGCUUCGUUGCCCAGCCAUUCUGAGGUUAUUGAGUCGGGGGCUGGAAGCGACCAAACAUGUAAUUCAUCUGAGCCAAAAAUGGCCGAGUCACCGGGAGACGAAAAGCGGCCAUUUGACUGUCCCGAAGACCAAUACGACGGUGAAGAGGCUCACUCCCACCCGGCAGUAAAUAUUUCAAAGACUGCCGAGAAGGUGCUGUCAGAAACUCAAGCUAAAGCUCUUAAUGGUGCAGAGGAAAUGAAUGGGAAGGUUGAUCGACCUAGCUUGGAGAAACAACUGUCUGAGGAUCCUGUAGAAGACACGAUAGAUUAUGUGGUCGAAGAACAUGAUGGGAGUGACAAAAUGCAAGACACUGAUACAUUUAAGCCAAAAAAGAGUCGCAUGGUGUGCAAGGAGUGUGGGAUAGCUUUCACCCGGCGUGAAAUGUUCUACCUUCACCGUCACAAUCAUGCUCAUAAAGAUGAACUUGUUCCCCUCACCUGUAAAGAAUGCGGCCUUACCUUUAAGGACCGCCGCAGCCUCAUUAAGCACAGACAUGUGCAUAAAGAGGAGGAGGCGGAAGAACCGACGAAUGAGGAGGAAAAUGCUUUUCAGUGUGCAACAUGUGAGAAGUUCUUCCCCACCGCACAAAAACUGAGGAUUCACACUUGCAACGAUACAAGUGAAAAGCCUUACCACUGUUCAUUGUGUCGCAAAGAGUUCCAAUUAAGGUGUUCUGUUGCCAUGCACAUGCUCAGCCACUCGCAAGAAGGCGACUGGACGUGCGAGGAGUGCGGUCGAAAAUUCCGAGACUACAAGAGGUUGCGCAGCCACCAGCGAUGUCAUCCGGUCCUUAAACCGUACGAGUGUCCGGAUUGUGGCAUGGCUUUCAGAUACAUUUCAGUCAUGGAAGACCACCGCCGCAAACACACUAACCAACUACGCUCUUAUUUGUGCACUGUAUGCGGUAAGAGCUUCAAGUACAGCAGUCUCCUUCAACAGCAUCAGUAUCUGCACACUGGUGACAAGCCCUUCCAUUGUUCUGAAUGUGGUAAGAAAUUUGCCUUCGCUCAAAAUAUGAGGGCACACUGUCGCCAACAUAGACAGCAUCCAGUCAAUCCUCUUCCCUCGACUGAGCAGCCAACCAUGCAGACCCUUGUGUCUCCACCAGAGCCCGUGCAAGUGGUGCAAAGGAAAGAGAAUGCAAACCCGAGUGACAUACCGAAACGCAUAUUUAACUGUCCACUUUGUCCCCAGACAUGUGACUCGCCAGCCAACCUGAGAGCCCACAUGCAUAUUCAUGAGUUGGAGUAUGAAUCACAGCAGAAAGGAUUCCCGGUGACUCCAGAAAUGAAAAAGGUUUGGGACAGAGGGUUCACCUGUCCCCACUGCCCAUGUACUUAUCGUGAGGAGAUAAGUUUAAGAUUACACAUAUUUAAAACCCACAACGACAUUGCUCAAGAUUGGGACAAAGUGUCAAUAGCCCCUCCAAAAGAAGUACACUCUAUAAAUAGAGAAAAUAUUCAGGCCAAAAUCAGAAGUGAUGACAUAGGUAUUAAGCCAUACAAGUGCCCCCAGUGUGAAAAAAUGUUUCGGCAUCGCUCCGUGUUAGAGUUGCACAUGCGCAUACAUUCCAAGGACAAGCCUUACCAGUGCAACGUGUGUGGCAAAGGCUUUCGAUUCAGCAGCUACUUACAGCAGCAUAUGAUCAUCCACUCGGGCGAGAAGCCUUACAAAUGUCCCGAAUGUGGGAAGGAUUUUGCCUUCCUGCAGAACAUGAGAACCCACCAGAGGCUGCAUCAGGAAAAACCCUUCCGCUGCACCAGUUGCCGCAAAGGCUACAGUGACGAGACGCAACUGCAGCACCAUAUGCUCUCUCAUAAUGGGGAUAAGCCUCACAAAUGCAACCUGUGCGAUAAGAGUUUCGGUUUGGCCUAUUUGCUUCGGGACCACCUGAACACACACACGGGAGAGCGACCCCACCACUGUGAUGAGUGUGGCAAAUCUUUCUCCUGGUUGAGCAGCUUGUUAGUGCACCAAAAGAUCCACACUCGCAAGCGGCAGAGUUUUAGUUCGAUCAAUUCCAUUCCCGUCGGUGGAAGGACAAGAGGCAGGGGAAGAAGAGGGGGAAGGCCAAUGUGGGGUUUGAAUAGAACAAUAGGGGGGGUUCCUCUCUAUACUAAUUCAGGGAACCUGGCGCAAACAUCCAUGAACUUAUCUCAAGUGGAGUUCCAAGGGAGGAUGCAAAAAGAUGUGUUUUUUCCUGAGCUACACUCUGGACCUGUCCAUUGGGAGGUGAGCGAUCCAAGGAUAAUACAAGUCCCCUCAAUACAGCAGCCAGAGUUGUUUGACAGCUCACCACAGUCUGGCCGACUCAUUCAAGAAUGCACACCCACCAUUGUCGGCUCCCCUCAAAAAGCCGGCCCCUCGGGAAUCAACGAGAUGGGGAAACACGGACCCCCCACGGCCACAACAUCAACAUCCUCUGGUUCUUUGCUCCUUGACCCCUGUGGGAAUCCAUCAUUUGUGGAUAGUGCAGCUCUAUGGAGCGUGCAACCUCCUCUGCUGGGUUCUCCAAACAAGUUGGGUCCAGAGUUCCAAUCUCCAAGAUGGCCUGGGGCUCUGCUGUCAAAACAAGAGACAUUCAUACUUCCUUCUAAAGAGGACAGCAAAGUGCAGGGUCCUCAAGCAAUACAGAUGACUGUUAGCCGACCUGAGAAGCUAUGGCCAGAAAGUGAGUCACAAAAGGAAAGGGCUUUAGGUGCACUGUCCUCAGCUCAGCAAGACCAAAGCAUCCCCAUCCCAGUAUCCGCUCCUGUUACCGCUGGGAUUGGUAGCACUUUGUGGGGUAUUCAAGCACCUCUGGGGACUUCAAACAAAAUGACCUCCCCUCAGAAACUAGUGAACAAUCAAGACUUGCAGUUAGAGCAGAAGCAGGUGGCGCCUGCUUGGGCCAAUGUACAGAAUCAGACUUUAACACAGAAACUUCCGAUCGCCAUCAAUCCAUUUGCCCAAACCAUCGGCACAACAGUCUGGGGCUUCCAAAAUAAUCCUGUGGGUCCUCAGCUGCUUCUGACUGGGCAGCUCAAGCCAGGAAGUGGACAGGACCUGCAGCAGCAACCCUUGGUUACGGCCAGUCAGAUUAUCCUCAACCAGCCGCCACCCUUUUUCUCCCCGGCGCUCGCCACCCUGCCGACCCUUGCUUUACCCAGUCCUCACUCUCUUCACACCGUUUCUGUCGGAGCGCUGUCGAGACCGCCGCUCCCAAAUAUUUUCUUCACCCCACAGGCCGUCUUGACUGAGAGGCCUCCCAUAUCACAAACCCCAGGCCUACCUCAGCUCGCCACGCCGACCGAAGCUCACAAACUCCGGGCCCGUUUACCUUUUGCCCCAGAAAGGCUCUUUCCGUGCAUGGUAUGCGGUUGCUCUUUUCCACGAGAGCUGGAUCUUCAGUUGCAUUACUUGCAACAUGCACAAGGAGAGGUGUGACUUUGCAAAAGUAGCAGCGAAACGUGAUAAUGUAUUUCUUACUUUUUCUAUUUUCUGUUGAACCACAUUUAUCUGACACCUAAUUGUGCUUUUUGACAAGCUCACUUGGAUGGGCAUUGGAAGCCCCCCACCCCAAAAAAAAAAAAAACUGAGUUGGGCUGCACACUUUUUAAACUGUACUAUUUCCCUCUAAAUAUGACUGCAAAUACUGUUGUUUUGAUGAUAAUUAGUAGUAGUUUCACGCUUUUAAGAUGCGAGUUAAAAAACCUCUGAAGGAUAUGGACCAAUACGCUACUUUAUUUACUGCCAAUAAUGUUUGGAUUUAAAAAAACAGAUUAUUUGUACAUUUCUGGCCCUCACUGGAACAAUUUGAAAGGUUUAUUUCAUGUACAGUAUACAGUGUGCCUUUUAUGAGUCAAGUCUGCAUGUGUGCUUCGUUGGUAUUCUAGGCCUAGUUUGUUAGUAAGUAGACUGAACAUUGACCUCACUCAGUGAGAUCACAGAACUGUCCUAAAUGCUGAAGUACAGUGAAUAUGAAAAGUCUACACACCCCUGUUCAUAUGCCAGGUUCUUUUUAAUAUAUACAGUACAGGCCAAAAAUUUUGACACACAUCAUUCAUUGCAACACAAAUGAUGCUCCCAAACCCAUUGAUUACGCAAGAAAUUUCACUAAUUAACCCUGAUCAGGAAAUACUGAACUGAAACCCAUUUCAGGUAACUACCUCUUGAAGAUCUCCGAAAGAAUUCAGUUUUAGUUGUACCACUUUAUUUUUUUGCGAAGUGCAUAACUUUUCCACUCGUUCAUUGAAAUGAAAAAGUGUGUCAAAACCUUUUACCUGUAAUGUGUAUUAAAAAGUAUGGGACCAUGAUUAAGAUCAUACAUACAGUAUUUAAAAAAAAAAAAAAAAAAAGUUUAAAUGUUUUAGAAUUUUUUUUUAUGUGUGAAUGGAUAUUCUCUCUAAGAUAAGGCUCAUGUGUUGACACCCUAUUACUCUGUUGAUUAAUUCUUUUUGUUCAUCGUUUGAACAGGGGUUUGUAGACUAUAUAUCCACUGUGGAUGUAUGAAGCCACUUUCAGCUGGGUUUUCACGUCAUCCAAAUAAAGUUUUCAUCAGAAAAUCGGUUAAAUGUGUUCAUGUGAAUCCAUAAAAACAUUAAGAGAAUGCAACAUAUCUUUUUGUGAAUAACUGGUCCAAACGUGUCUUUUUCGCCAACCAGUGAAAAUCAAAUGUCGAACCUCAUUUUCUAUUCAAUCGUCUGUGCAAGGAAUAGUGGUAAAAUAUUUUUCUGUAUAAUGUAAAAAAACAAGUUAAAACUUAAAAUAUGGACUGGCCUUUGCGUGUUAUAGCACCUUAAAACAUGAAGAAAGGGGAAAAAACAUGCAGUUCAAACUCUGCGGCAGAAGUUCAAGUAUCUUAAAGUGGUGAAUUUAUAUCUGUUGAAUUUGAACACUGAUGAUAAUUGUGUGUUUAUGCAAAUUUACUAUGGUAGACGUCCGAAAAAGGAUAUUUGUCAUGCUUCCAUUUCUAACCUAAAAUGAAAUAAUAUAUACAGUAGUUUGAUUUUUUUUUUCUAAAUUUAGCCUUCAUUAACAUCUAUUUCAUUAAUUUAUGUCAUUUAUGAUACUGUUUACAAAUUGACAGACAUGUUGAUGGAUGUCUUUCAUGCUUUAUCCUGUAGUCAAUGCAUUUGUGUGUCUUUGUACCAAUAUUCAAUGAUGUAGUUACAUUGUGCUUUUUUUGUGAAGCCAAUUUUAGGGGUUUAUCCAUUUACCACCUGUGUGACCCACCAACUACUACUUUCUGGGUAAUGAAGUAAUGAGGAGGGAACGUGUCUGAAAUAACUAAUGUACUCAAUCAUUUUCAUCUAUGUGGAGACAAUCAUUUCAAAUAUUUCUCAAUGAUGACUAAUAAUUUAACCCUGCAAAGCACAAACCAUUGAUUAAAUGAUUUAAAAACAUAAAAACUAGUUUUUAAUGCUUUUAAAUCUUUGGGCAACUAGAAGCUAUUGCUAAUUUCUUGUGCUUGAAAAUUAUUAGCCGACUUUAGAGCCGCAGGUAGACCCUAAUAUUACAUUACUAAUAUAAGAAGCUGAAAAACCCAUGUAUCAAUUACGAUACGCCAAAAAUGAACAUGCAAUUAUUUCUUAGUAUUUUUUCAUACAAUCUCGCUUUCAACAUUCCUGACAACAAAACCUAUUUUUAACAAUCACCAUAGCAACUGCAAUAGAUAAAUGUGAUCACUAACAUUGAUUACCACUUUAUUAUACGGGUCCUUCUAAAAAAAAUAGCAUAUUGUGAUUAAGUUCAUUAUUUUCUGUAAUGUACUGAUAAACAUUAGACUUUCAUAUAUUUUAGAUUCAUUACACACAACUGAAGUAGUCCAAGCCUUUUAUUGUUUUAAUAUUGAUGAUUUUGGCAAAAAAGUAAAGAAAAAAAAUCCCUAUCUCAAAAAAUAAGCAUAUAAUGAAAAGGUACUCUUAAAAAAGCUACUUAACCUAAUCAUCUGAAUCAACAAAUUAACUCAAAACCCCUGCGAAAGAUUCCUGAGGCUUUUAAAAACUCACAGCCUGGUUACUUAAAACCGCAAUCAUGGGCAAGACUGCCAAACUGACUGCUAUCCAGAAGGCCAACAUUGACACCCUCAAGCAAGAGGCUAAGACACAGAAAGAAAUUUCUGAGCGAAUAGGCUGUUCCCAGAGUGCUGUAUCAAGGCACCUCAGUGGGAAGGAAAAAGUGUGGCAGGAAACACUGCACAACCAGAAGAAGUGACCGCACCCUGAGAAAGAUUGUGGAGAAGGGCCGAUUCCAGACCUUGGGGGACCUGCAGAAACAGUGAACUGAGUCUGGAGUAGAAACAUCCAGAGCCACCGUGCACAGGCGUGUGCUGGAAAUGGGCUACAGGUGCCGCAUUACCCA